AUGGCAAUCAAGUAUCUGAUAUUGCUUUCAGCUCAGGGAAAGGUGCGACUCUCAAAAUGGUAUAUCACGAUACCGCAGAAGGAGAAACUGAAGAUCAUCCGUGAGCUCGUGGCCACAGUGCUGGCUAGAAAGACCAAGAUGUGCAACGUCCUGGAACACAAGGAUGGGAAAAUCGUCUAUCGUCGAUACGCGUCGCUGUUCUUCGUAUGCGGGAUCGACGCCGACGACAACGAGCUGAUCACAUUGGAGAUGAUCCACCGGUAUGUGGAGCAGAUGGACAAGUCGUACGAGAAGGUGUGCGAGCUAGAUAUCAUAUUUAAUUUCCAGAAAGCGUACCAUAUUCUGGAUGAGAUGUUCAUCGACGGCACGCUACUAGAGAGCAGCAAGCGCGAGGUGCUCAAAAGGGUGGGUCAAGCGGAUCAAUUGGAGACGACAGACGAGAUGGAAGUGUAA